GCACUACGGUGUGAAUGCAUGCUUAAUGCCCUUAGUAGCCGUGCAUGGUUUAGCUGUAACUACUGUUGAGGGGAUAGGUAGCACAAAGACUAAACUCCACCCUGUGCAGGAGCGCCUGGCAAAAGCAUAUGGUACCCAAUGUGGGUUCUGUUCUCCUGGGUUUGUGAUGUCUAUGUACACAUUGCUACGUAAUUACCCUGAACCAUCCAUGACUCAGAUUGAGACAGCGUUGCAAGGUAAUCUUUGUAGAUGUACUGGCUAUAGAGCCAUACUGGCUGGUUUCAGAACAUUCAGUAAGGAAUGGACAUGUGAAGAAGGAGAGAAUUGUUGUCAGAAUGAAAAACUCCCUGACGGUGAAUCUAAAGUUUGCACUAAAACAUUUGAUGCUAGUGAGUUUGCUGUGUAUGACCCAACGCAGGAUCCUAUCUUCCCUAGUGAACUACAGUUGGAUGUAACCUACCAAACACAGAGUAUAUGUUUCAAGAGUCCAAAUGUGGACUGGUAUAGACCUAAUAGCCUGGAUGAAGUGUGUCAGUUGAAGCAACAGUAUCCGGAUGCAAUCUUUACUGUUGGCGCUACAAGUGUAGGAAGAUACAUACGCAACAGUCAAAGUAAGAAGGUGGUUAUUUGCUUGACUAAUGUAAAAGGCCUUGACAGCAUAACAACUACUGAUACAUGUAUUGAGGCUGGAGCAACGGUCACACUUUCAUCACUGUAUGAAUUCAUUGAAAUCCAAGCUUCAAAAAGUGAAGGUAUGAGGAAGGCAGGUCUGGAGAGUAUCUUAGAUAUGCUUCAUGUCGUUGGUGGAGAGCAGUUGAGGAAUGUGGCUAGCCUUGGCAGUAAUCUUGCAAGUUCAGGAUCGAUAUUUGACAUAUGUACAAUGAUGAUAGCUAUUGGCGCAACAGUUGAUGUAUACAAUUUACUAGCAAAUUCAACAGAGCGAAGAGAUGUGUUGAAACUAUACAAAGAGAAUGGGAAGUCUGCUUUAGAAUCUCAUGAGUUAAUCACUGCUGUACAAAUUCCAUUUAUGGAGCAAGAUGAGCAUUUAUAUUGGCACAAACAUGCAGAAAGGACAGACUUGGUCGUUGCAACUGUCAACUCCGCAAUGCGGGUGAAGUUUAAUCCUAAUAGUAACAACAUAAAGGAUUUGGUUUUGUGCUAUGGUGGAAUUGCAAAUAAAACUGUGAUUGCUAACCAAGUAAGAGAACAGACAAGAGGAAGAGAAUGGACAGAUGGUAUUGUAUCCUUUGUUUCUGGCCUCUUAGGAGAUGAGCUUACUGUUUCACUGCCCUCUGUUGGUGGGAGCACCAACUACAAGAGAUCGCUGACCGCAAGCAUUUUCCUCAAGUUUUACAUUAAUGUUCAAUCAAGCCUUCAUGGUAAAGAGAGUGAAGUCAUUCAUGAUUUGGCAAGUGUUAGACAUAAACCACUUAGUAGUGGAAGCCAGAUAUUUGAGAUUUCACCCAUAGACCAAAAUGGCAUUGAUUAUGUUGGCCAACCAGUAGUGCAUAAAUCUGCCCUCGAGCAUGCCACUGGUGAAGCUGUGUUCUGUGACGACAUACCUACAUACAGCA